UAUUAAAUAGGUUUUUAUAAAAUAUCUGUGCGAACAUCAAUACCAACGAAAAAAAAUAAAAUCGCGACGCUUUUAUCGAUUAGAACGCUAGAACAAUAUGCGAGGUCUAUUAAAAUGUUUUAAAAUGUUCAUGUUCCGGAAUGAAUAUCGGCUGUCCGCGGUCUGUCCGUCAUCGGGUAGAACAGUUCACACACUCAAGUUCCAGCAGCGRCUCAAUCGACCAAACCAGUACCUGAAUUUCCAACGAUUGUGUGGAUCACAUCAGUGGUCCAAUAACACGAAGAAGCAAUUGAAGGUGGUGUCGGACAACCGUUGUUUCGGCGGACAACAAAAGGUCUACGAACACGAAAGUGACGUGUUAAAUUUCCGUAUGAGAUUUUCUGUAUAUAUACCAGAAAAUUUGAAAAGACCUGCUCCUGUAUUAUAUCAUUUGAGUGGUAUGUUAUGUUCUGAACAAACAUUUAUACAGAAGUCAGGGUUUCAACGAUGGGCAGCACAUUAUGGAAUAGUUGUUGUGUCACCAGAUAUCUGUCCUAGGGUUACUUUAGGUGUUAAAAACAAUGAAAUUGAAGAUAAUGGCCAAUCGUAUUAUGUAAAUGCCGUGAAAAAACCGUGGAGUAAGAAUUUCCAAAUGUAUUCAUAUGUGAACGAAGAGCUACCUAGUAUUAUUCAUCAGAAUUUUAAUGUCAGUAGAGACAAACAGUCAAUCAUGGGUCACAGUAUGGGAGGCCAUGGUGCAUUAAUAAGUGCACUUAAAAAUCCUGKCAAGUUUCGUUCAGUCUCGGCUUUAGCUCCAGUUUGUAAUCCAUCUCAAUCACCUGAUGAACGAUUGAUAUUAAAGUGUUAUUUUGGAGAUGAUAACAAAACAAUGGAAAAAUGGGAUUCUACCUGCUUGGCAGCUGAUUAUAAAGGACCAGAGUUAAAUAUUCUCAUACAUCAAGGAUAUGAUGAUGUAUACAAAAAUGAUUUAAGAUUGGAAAGUUUUAUAAGCGCUUGUAAAAAAGCAGGGAUUGCAGCUUCAAUAAAUAUAGAAGAAGGAUAUGAUCAUGGCUUUUAUUUUAUUUCAACUUUUAUAGAUCAGCAUUAUCAUCAUCAUGCUAAAUUUUUAUGUGACUCAUAAUUUAUCAAAUUUGAUGUAUUUUUAAGUGGUAUUUGGUUUAUAAGUUGUAUGUUACCAUAAAAUCUUUCAAACUUAAUUUUUAUUUUUAUGAUUAUAUUAUGAAA